AUGGCAGAGGGCAUCACUUGUGGGAAAGAUACGCAUCAUGUGGAAGAUAUUCGUGGGGGUAUUCAGGUCGAACCUCAAAGCAGCAGAUCGUAUGCAAAGAACAAUGACGUGAGCGAUGUCAAAAAUGCUCACCCGCCGAUCUCCUUUAGUAGUUUGCUAAGUUCAUUUAAGUCGUUCAUGUGUAUAGCGGAGGAACUUGUGUCGCUACGUUGGUGUGCUGAACUUUCUUCACCACGCGCCCUCCCAAACGGCGGCAGGCACGUCUUUGGUCUCACGUCGCUUCUGACGGAGCCAGUUCAGGUAGAAAGUCUGUUUGCCAUGCCUGUAGGGGGAGUCGAGCCUGGGGAAGGUUACAUGAAAAAAGAGCAGCCCUAUGAAGAUAGGGGCAGUCUCUUUGUACAUUUUUCAGAUGCUUCGACAUCUAUCGCAGCAGGGAAUGCAAGUACAAUGUUUGAUGUGGCAAUCCGCACCAACGUAGCAUACUCUAGUUAUAAUGCAUGGGAAGAUGCACUUAGACUUCAGAUACAGCAUGUCAUGGAGGCUUCUCUGAGUCUAGAGAAAGAGCUGCUUCUCUCACACCACUUCCCAGAGGAGCGUUCAGCGGCCAAGAGUGGAUGGGAGAAGCGCGUUUCCGAGACCCUUUCUCAGCUGAGGUUGCAUGUCAUGCUCACGUUCUUAAAGCGGCUUCAGUGCGUACUGAGGGGCGAUUCAGCGCAGCGAAAAAGUUUAGUUCACUCCCUCCCUACACAUCUUUAUGCACCACCGCUAUUCGUGGUCUCCCCGCUUUGUGUCACGGAUAUGCCCGUCGCACGGGCGAAAUAUGGGCUUCUCUACGCUCAGAAUCAGCUGAAUGUUAGGACGAUGCGCUCUAAUGAGUCCUUUGUCGGGACACUCGGAAGCUGUCUUAAGGAGGAGCUGCUGCCCUUCUUGUUGAAAGGCAAGGAGCAACCAACCGCAUGGCAACCUCAACGCUCGGAGUCUCAUUUAUCAGUGAACUUUAGUGCCCCUCUUUCUGGACUUGGGGAGGCCUCUGAGAGGGUGUUAAACAUGCUACGAAAAGCAUGGGAUGAAGUUCAGGCGGGCCUGCAUCGGCAACUUGCAAAACCGUCUCCUAGUACGGGCCGUGCCGCCGUCGGUGCGGUGUUUGACAUCCUAAAACCGGAUAGCUGCGAUGGGGAUGGAGAUAUGGCCUUGUAUCAGGUGCAGUAUGCAUUUCCGUUGCUCACUGGGGCAAGCAAUGGUGAUCCAAACACGUUUUUCCCCUAUGCCGCACCCAUUCGGCUUGACUUAGCUGAUUUCCAGCGCCAGUUAAUCGCUAAGCUACACGCCCAACGCCAGGACAGAUAUCACGCAUAUUUCCGAACUGGAAGCAAUAGUAAAGGCAAUGUGCCGAAUGAAAAGCAACCGAAGGCAGUAUACGGCGCCUCCGUGAAUCUGACAGGGGACCUUCAGCUGGCAUCCAUCCCCGCCGAUCGUUGGGAUAGCAUGUGUCACGACGCUGGGGGUGGGCGCAUGGCCGAGGAGCUACGUAAGAAUUUCUAUCAGGAUCGACCGAUUGCACCGCGAAUGGAGUCAUCUGUAGUGAAGCGACCCCUGUUCUGCUUCAAUUCAUCAAACAGGCGGUCACCUGCAGUGGAGCGGAUACCAUUUGGCACUUCUCCUAGGCACGACGUUGUGUCUUUACAAAAUUUUCGGCGAAAUGAUUUUCAGGUUGAACCUAAUAAAUCCGUUAAACAGAAGCUUUUAUUGUCACCAUUAGGAUCCCACGAAUCGUUGCCAACACUUUCGGGUGUUAAAAAUCACACGGGUAGUGCAUCGACGCGAAGUACUACCUCGCGGAGUACGCGUGUGCCGCCCUCUCGUCCAGUUUCUGGAGCCCCGCUCCCCCAUAUCAAGCCGGAAGAGUUUUCAAAGUUGAUUGAAUUGUCAAACAAGCGCUUUACAUCCGCGAUUCCCGUAAAGGAAUCAUUUCAAGACGAAAGGAGCGGCCCGAAUGAGAACGGAAAACUGUCCUCGACCACAUCUGUUAAUCAGGCUACACGGACAAUCCCCAUUGUAACCUCAGAAUUACUGAAUAACUCAUUAUCUCAUGAGUCAGUUUUGUUAAAUCCGCUGUGGAAAGCUGCUUUAGAGAUAUGCCCGACUCUCUCAGAAGAGAUACUGCCUGGCAUCUAUCUGCAAGACCUCCACGAGGACAUUCAAAAGUAUCCAAUAGUCAUCUCGGUGCUUAAUCGACUCAGUACCAAGCGUAGUGAAUCCAGCAAGCAAGAAAUAUCCCCCACACAUUCGAGCGGCAAGCACACCGAACAGACGUUGCUGGAAUUGUUGAGAUCCAUAGCAUGCGACCUGCGUGCGCGGACGCUUUCCAUACAAGCUGAAAUGCCCUUUCUACCCUACCGCGUGAACGGCAUUCUGUUAUGUAACCUACAACCUCGGAUGGAACAGGACGCAUCCUUCCAGUCCCUCUGCAGCAUUCGCCAUCAGAUUAUCCGUGGUGUCGUUGGGAUUUCUGGUGGUAUCGGCUACGCUCAACGCCUAGGUAGAGUCGAGCAGUGCCUCAGGGAUGCAGCAUCGCCGCUAGCACGCACCAGUGGAUUUCCUAUGAUUAGUGCGGAGAAGGCGGAGGCUUCUAUCGCCAUAUUAUCACAACUCCAUCGUAACGCGUCUGACGUGACUAUCAGUGAUGAGCGUAGCAUCGGGUCACCUUCAGAAUCCACAUUCAAUGAGCCUGCAACAAAGCGCCCCCCCACCUGGAAGCUCUCCAAGGCGCAAGCCCAUCACACAAUGCUCAGUCCGGCACAUUCUGUAGCCUCUCCCGCGGCUUCGAAAGAGGCUAAGGUAAUGGGUCGAAGGGAAUUAGAACCCAGCGCAGCUUCCAAGAUCAUCGGUGCUUCUCCUGUAAGGGACCAUCCUCCGCUAGUCGAGUAUGUGCCUUCUACCACUGCACACCAGUCAAAUUUCGCAGAGCAGCAAUUCAAAAUGUCGAUACCAAUGAAGAAUACGUUUUCGCUACCUCUAAUGAGCCAACAAGACGCUGCACAACCCUGGAAAAGGGGCCAACAGCGGCCUCUUCAGACGAACGCUAUACCUUCUUACGUGGAAUCCUCCAAGAGACGUCCCGUGAAUCGCGACGCGGCCAUACGCUGGGGCAAUCACACAUCGUCGGACAGUGCCUCGCGUGAGGAUAGCAACAAUGCAGGAGGUGUACCGAGAACGCUCAAAGGCGAUGCACCAACGCUAGCGCCUGAUCAAAGCAGUGCAACUGCCGCCACUGCCGCCGUGGAACCAGCCGAACACGCGGUGGCGGGGUGGGCACGACGAUUGGGGAGCAGGAACGUCUCCUUGAAGGCUGCGAUCCCUCCUGUUCUCACUGAGCGGGCUACCCAUGCGCAGAUUCCCCCAGUUACGGCGAAGACGCUUAUCUUUAACUUUAACCCUAUGAAGGAGUCGAAGCCUCUGGACUUGGGACACGGAAACGUCCAGUCAGUUGCGGUGAACGCACCAUCUGCGAGCACCUCGCUUCGGGAGGUCUACCAGCAGGCCUGUCUGGAGCACAAGAUGCGGCCUAAUACUGGCCUCCUCUACCUCCUCCCCGCGGAGCCCUUCAAACGACUUACGAGCCUCGACCUAUCCGCGAACUACGUGGGCUCGAAAGGUGUUAUUCCACUUUUGGAAGUUAUUAAGUACAAUGGCGAUGCCUUGCGCACGCUUCGGCUUAGCCACAAUAACUUAGAGAACAUGCAAGUAAUGGAGAUAGUAAACGUGCUCUUCAACACUUCAGCUGGUGAUGCUCUGACGCACCUGGACCUUUCCUACAACCCGAUUUCUCGCACAAGUGGUCAGGUAAUACUGGAUUUGUGUAUCAAAAGGCCUAACAUCACGACAAUUCGCUUGGAGGGCACAACGAUACCACGACAACUUAUUAAAUCGAUUAUUGAUACCGUUGAAAAGUCUGCUAUGUAA